AUGACAUUCUAUGAUAUAUUCAUUGCAGGGAGUUCUUUCAUAGUCACCACCUUGGUAUUUGUAAUGAGUAACGUCAUUGCAAUUACACAAUAUGGAAUGGCAGAAUAUCCACAAAUUACUACAUGGAUAUUAGGUUUAAUAGGUAUUUACUCAUUCUAUAGAUUAUCAGUUAGAAUAGUUAAAUAUUGGAUUUCUACCUUUAUCAUGUUCAUUAAGAUGAUCAUCAUGAUGAUAACUAUUGGUCUUGCAUGUGUAGUAUACUUAAGGGGUAAUAAAUUCAUCAAUCAAGAUAUCCCAUACUUCAAAUCAGUCAUUAUUUCAUAUGAUGGAGAAAGUAUAGGUGAAUAUGUCAAAGAAGAAAUUCAUAAUUUGAUGUUUGAUAGUUUUAUAGGUCAAUUCAAUCCUUUCAAAGAUGAUAAUCACGGGAGUAAAAGCCAAAACAAGAAAAAGGCUAAACAAUCUAGAGACAAGUUUCAAAAGAAUGCUAAAAAAGUGAUGAAUGAUUAUGGAAUUGAAAUUGAUGAUAGUUAUCUUGAUUAUAUGAACCACCAAGGUUCAAAACAUGAUGAUAAAGAUUUCAUGGAUCAUUUAGAUGAAACUUUGAAUGAUCUAGGUAUUGAUUUGAAUGACUUAAUGAAGAAAUUCUCUCACUAA